AUGGCGAACCAGCUGGUGAUUCUGAACGUCUACGACAUGUAUUGGAUGAAUGAAUAUACUUCUUCCCUUGGAAUUGGAGUGUUCCAUUCGGGUAUAGAGGUGUAUGGCCGAGAAUUUGCCUAUGGUGGUCAUCCGUACCCUUUUUCUGGAAUAUUUGAAAUUUCACCAGGAAAUGCUUCUGAGCUAGGAGAGACAUUUAAAUUUAAAGAGGCUGUGGUUCUAGGCAGCACUGAUUUCAUGGAAGAUGACAUAGAAAAAAUAGUAGAAGAGCUUGGAAAAGAAUUCAAAGGAAAUGCUUAUCACCUAAUGCACAAAAACUGCAAUCACUUUUCUUCAGCUCUGUCUGAGAUUCUGUGUGGAAAAGAGAUUCCACGAUGGGUGAAUCGCCUUGCCUACUUCAGCUCUUGUAUACCAUUUCUCCAGAGCUGCCUGCCGAAGGAGUGGCUAACUCCCGCAGCCCUCCAGUCCAGCGUUAGCCAGGAGCUACAUGAUGAGCUGGAGGAAGCUGAGGAUGCCGCAGCAUCAGCUUCUUUGGCAAGCUCAGCAUGUGGGUCUAGAACUGGUCGCCACACCAAAUUAUAA